ACGUAUGCCUCUUCAGCCGGCAUCACUCCACCAUCGCCGCAACCACCAUAUACCAGACCUUACACUUCUAUACUGUGCGGCCACUCGAGUUCAAAAGGUGAGCACUGAAGUGAUACUCUACUCCAGCAUUCGUCAACUCGAUCGUAAGCCUUGCCGACAAUCUUAGGUGGGCGCUGUGAGGCUUGGCACCUUGGGCGUUAGAAGCAAGUCGCCCGCAAUGCCGUCCUCCUGCAAAGACAUCCGCGCCGCCCUGGCAGCCUGCCUCCAGAACAGCGACUGCAUAAUGAUCGACCGCCACACACCCGUCGAAUGUCUAGCAAGUCCACAUCUCGAGAACCUCCCCGAACAAUGCCAGCAACUCAAACGCGGGUUCCGCGACUGUAAGCGCGGCAUGGUCGACAUGCGCAAACGGUUCCGGGGAAACGCACCCAUCAGUUCGAGUCUGGAACUAGAAGGCGGAGGAGGCAAUAAAGUGCCGCAGUUAUAUGGAGGAAAGCCGGCGUUUGAUAUCGCGGAGACGAUGAAGAAAGAGCAACGAGGAGAGGUAGAGGGGCUGGGCUUCGAUGAGAUACUCGCGGGAUAUACCUACGACUUGCGCUCAAGGUGCUGCGAGGCUUACAAAUGCUGUUACCAAUAGUCGGAUUCCCUGUCGAUCUGGGCUUGGAUUGGUCGUCAGGGCAGCACGCUGUUGAGGCGAGAAGGGAACACGAUCUCCGGCACACUCGUGUCAGCCUUGGGCUCUCUUCAAUGAUGGUACCACCCAGGUCAUGGCCGCCUCGAACUCAAACAAGUUUUCUGAUCUGCAGAGCUUGCGCU